AUGGCGAGCGCUGUCAAGAAGCCCCCGGCAACAGGCCGCGAGACCCCCACAGGAACGCCCCAACGACCGGGUCAGAGAGCUUCGACACCGACGUCGGCCGGUAGUCCAGGCGCCGCUGGCGUUGCGCGGACUCGCUCGACCCGCACUGGAACUCCCGUCUCGGCACGCGCGGCCGCCCACCAGAGACGCGAGUCGAUGCUGAGCAACGGCCCUACAAUGAACGGCAGGGGCACUAACUCGCCGGACAUCGACCGCGAAGAGGCCAUUCGCGCCGAGACGGUAGCCAUAAUAGACGACCUCAAGGAGCGGCUGGCCAAGGCCGAGUCCGGGUUCGAGUCCUACAAGCGACAGACCGAGGUGAUGCAGAACAAGUUGGACGAUGCGAUGAAGGAGCAAGCCAAGUUGGAAGAGAAGGUUCACGAGAGCGAUGAGCAGAUUGAAUCCCUCAGGAACGAGAAGCGCGAGGCCGCGCGGCAGAUGCGGGAAAUGGAGACCAUUUACGAGGGGGAGCGGAGCGCCAUGAUGAAGGAGAAGGACGACAUGGCCAACCGCGAGGAGGAGAUGCAAACCGUCAUCCAGAGACUCAAGGACAGUCUGGCACAGAGGAACCUCGACGAGGACCGACCAACAAGACAAUCGGUGAACAGCUCGCCAAGCAUCGACAACGGCAGUUUCGCUCCCCCGAGCUCGAUCCAGCGCAGCGACUCCCGCAACAACUCCAAGCUCCUGUUGCAAAAGGAUAAGGUGAUCGAGUCGCUGAGGCUCGAGCUUGCCGAGGCGCAGCUCAAGCUGGUCGAGUCGCAAAACAAGGACGGCGGUCGGUUGCAGGAUGUUGAGCGCCAGCUUAUGGAAGCGCGCGUCGCCAAUGCGAGGUUGAUGGAAGACAAUGAGAGCUACCAACUUCUGCUCCAGGAUAGGACUCUCAAGGGGGAUUUCGCCACCAACGACUUCAGCUAUUCGGCCGCGUCGGCGAACCAAGAUGCACUCGCUGCGCUCGAGGGACGGGCCAGCGGCACCAGUCUCGCCGACGAACUUUCGGGCGUCAACGACGACCAUGCCCCGGAACACGACCCCGAGCAAAGGCUCCUGGAGGCGGAGUUGAACAAGGUGAAGGAUCAGAACAAGGCCCUAACUCUCUACAUCAACAAGAUCAUUGAGCGGCUGUUGGAACACCGAGGCUUCGAGCACAUUCUCGACCAAUCCAACGACUUCAAAGGCGCGCCAGACACCGACAAGGACCUCCCGCCACCGCCUCCCCCCAAGCCCACCGCCUCGGGCGCCUCCCUCCUCCAGCGCGCCAAGUCCAUGGCCAUCGGCAGCGCCAGCACCGCAGCCCCUAGGCCCAAGCCCCGCCCCAUGACCUUCAUGCCGUCCGCCAACCUGCCCUCGGCUCUCAGCAACCCGGACACGGCGCCCAGCAUUCCCAUCGGCCUGUCCCGCACGACCAGCACCCGCCGCAGCAGGCCCAUGAGCGACCAAUACACCAACCUCCCCGGCGCCGCCAGCAUCGUCAACGCCAUGUACAAGGGCCCCUCCUCCUCAGACGGCCCGCUCUCCCCCUCGCUCCGCUCCAGCCAGAACUUCUUCCUCCCGCAAGGCGCCGGCAACCGCAACAGCAGCGGCGGCGGCGGCGGCAACUUCCCCGGCAUGAAGUCGGAGACGAGCAGCACCAGCGGCGACUCGGUCUCCUUCUCCACCACCACCGGCGGCGCCGACGGCCUCAGCACCCCGCCCAGCCAGGCCAGCCCCCCGCGCUCUGUCCACCACGAGAAGAACAGCACCACCUUUGCCGGCAACAAGCCCCGCCCGCUGAGGCUGGUCCAGGAGAAUGUCGAGGCUACGGCCGCGGCCAAUGCCGCGCGCCGUCAGAGCUGGGUUGGUUGGGCGACGAGCGCGUUUGGGAAGAAGGAGGAUACUAGUGCGGCGGCGGGGGCCGGGAUUGCCGAGGUUAUUCGGGAGUGA